UUCAUACUUCGGAGAUUUCUUCGAAUCGUGUCCUCGCAUUCCUCCUUAGUCCGGCACCGUUGACGGCAGAACACCAGCGAUUUGAUCCAUGUUUCAGUUUCUAGUUUCAAUUUCUUGGCGGUUGAUGCAGCCCCAUCUACAAAUGGGUAAUGGGUUCGCGUCAUCAUCCGGGUCGGUUUCGUGAACCGAUAGAUCCAUUUGUAUAUAAUAUGUAUAUUAUAUAUUUUUCAAAUUCACACUAUAUUAUAUAAAAUUAUAUUAAACUGAAUUUCCCUCCCGCCAUUGUAGAGAAGAGAUCCUAAAUACAGUUAAGAUUCUGGCCGGAAGACCCGGUUGCAGUUGCAGGCAACUGAAAAUGGCGAAAUCCGCGAAAUCCGGCGAGCCUCUGAACUCCAAACGGAAUCCUCCGCCGUCGGCCGGAAACCCCUUUAAAUGCCAUUCCCCUUUCCUCCUUCAAACUCAUUCUCUGGUCUUGCAGUCUUUCUCUAUAUACCUUAGAGGAUUUCUGCAACCUUCAGAAUCCUAUCUAAAUAAAUUCCCUCUUUCUUCUUCUUCCCAUCUCUUAACAAAAUCAGCAACAAUGGCCCGCCAAUUGCUUCUCCUUGCUCUUGUCUUCGCCGUCGUUGUCGGCAUUGUCUCCGCCGCAUCACCCAAGGCCGAUGACCAUAAACCCUCUGACGCCAAAUCUGCUGAAAAUAAGACUGCCGCAGCUGCCGCUCCAUCCCCUGCCCAUGCUCACAAAGGAGCUGCUUCUUCUCCCAAGGCUGAUGCCGGUGCCCCAAAGGCUGAUGCCGGUGCCCCCGAGGCUGAUGCCGGUGCCCCCAAGGCUGAUGCCGGUGCCCCCGAGGCUGAUGCCGGUGCCCCCAAGGCUGAUGCCGGUGCCCCCAAGGCUGAUGCCGGUGCCCCCGAGGCUGAUGCCGGUGCCCCCAAGGCUGAUGCCGGUGCCCCUGAGGCUGAGGCCGGUGCCCCUAAGGCUUCCAGCCCUGCCGAUGGCCCUGCUUCCGGCCCUGCUUCUGGCCCUGCCGGCAAUGAGGGUUCUGCCGAUUCCCCUGCUGGAUCCCCCGAGUCUGAUGCUGAUGCGUCAUCUCCACCUUCCCCAAGCGGACCUGCUGCCGGACCCGUCAGCGAAGACGAAGAUAUGGCCGAUGCACCAAGUGAUUCACCCGCUGAUUCUCCGCCCAGUGAUGCUUCGUUCCAGAAAGUGUCAGCCGCCACCGUUGCGGGGCUUUUGGGCGUUGCUGGAUUGUUUGCCUUCUAAACUUUUAAAUUUUAUGAGAUGGGUUUGAAUUGAAUUUGAAGAGAUUAUGGUUCUGUUGCAUACUUAAUGUAUUUCACCAUUCUCUGAUAAUUCAAAAGAGUG